ACCGUUAGUUCAUCAUUCUGACAGCAAAUACAGUCCGGACAACAACAAAGUGCGCAAGCGUUCGUGGUUUUGUUUACGUUUUUUCUUCGCGUAUACUGUUUUAUUUGUCACAAAUAUCCGUUUAGUUUCGCGCAUUGUGGCUUGAUGCGUACCGGACAUGACAUCCACCAAACAGCAUCAGCAGCACCAGGCCAUGAGCACCAUGUUCCAGCUGAGCACUAACUACGAAGAGCUGAAUGUGAUUGGAACAGGCGCAUACGGCACUGUCUACAAAGCACGUGAUCUGGGAAACGAAGGUAAUAUUGUGGCCCUGAAGAAGGUUCGUGUGGCCCUCACGGAAGAUGGAGUACCAAUGUCGACGUUGAGAGAAAUCGCUCUCCUCAAGCAGCUGGACGCAUUUCAGCACCCGAAUGUUGUCAAAUUACUGGAUGUUUGUCACGGGCCACGUCUGGAACGAGAGGGACAACUUGUCCUUUUUCUCGUGUUCGAGCAUCUCGAACAGGAUCUGGACGAUUACAUCAAGCGUCUUCCAUCGGUUGGGAUGUCCCGGAUGACAAUUCAGCGCCUUUCCCGGGAAUUGCUGACUGGUGUGGACUUCCUGCACUCCCACAGAAUCAUACAUCGCGAUCUGAAGCCACAGAAUCUACUAAUUUCCUCCCAGGGUCGGCUCAAACUGGCCGAUUUCGGCCUUGCCAAAACGUAUGAUUUCGAGAUGAAGCUUACGACGGUAGUCGUCACGCUCUGGUACCGCUCCCCGGAGGUUCUCCUCGGGGAACCCUACCACAGCUCGGUGGACAUUUGGAGCUCCGGGUGCAUCAUGGCGGAGAUGUUCCAAAGAACGGCGCUCUUUCCGGGAACGUCCGAAGGCAAUCAGCUAGAGAAAAUUUUUGAAUUAACUGGACGACCGUCGGAGAGCCAGUGGCCUCGGGGUAUCUCGGUGGCACGAGAGAAUUUCCUGCCAACUGUGGCUAGAGAACCACGCGAAUUUUGCCCUAGAUUAUGCGAUUUUUCAAAUGAUUUACUCAAACAAAUGCUAGCGUUCAAUCCACGCGAACGACCGUCGGCCCUGCAGUGUCUCCAGCAUCCGUACUUCACUCAGGAACCCAUGUAAAUGAGAUAAGCACUGGACGAGUGGAUGAGACGAUGACGCGGUACAAAAAUCAUCAGCACACGAUAGGAAUGCACGGACAUACACACACCCUCGAUAUCAGUAACUGCCAUACGGUUAGGUAGGUUGAAAUCUGGCCAAAGAGAUCGCAGAUUUCAGGACGAAAAAAAAUGUUCAAAACUUUAUUUUUCUAUGUUGUUUUGAUUAACUAGGUUAAUACCUUCAUAUAGAAGUUAA